AUGAGCGAAUCUCAAAGCGACCAGCAGAAGAAUCUGCCCGCUUCAACGGCGACAGCCAAGGCGGGCGCACGAAAGAAGACCCGACCCACCUAUUCAUGCCUCAACUGUCACAAACGGAAAGUAAAGUGCGACAGAGUGAAGCCAUGCGGGGCCUGUUGUCUUCGAGGAACUCCGUCAGAGUGUGAAUAUGGCACCAGCAGGCGAGAUCGCCACUACAUCGAGCAGUCGGCUCUGAUCGAGAAUCUGAUGCAGACCUGCGAGGACCUGAAGAAGCAGCUGGCCGAAGCGCGAGCGCUGGCCAAUCUGCCGCCAGUCAAGCACGAGGAUCCAUUCUCAGUCUCGUCGCCGCAUGACGUCGAGAACACGGUGGACGCGGAGGAAGAGUCGCAAAACCCGGAACCUCAAGUUUCUUCGUUGGUCAAGAAGUCGUCCGGCCCAUCAGACGGAUUAGUCUCUCAGAAUACCAGUAUACCAUGGAAAGCAGAUCAGUCGUCUCGAUCGCUCAGUGAAGACAAACGGAUCCUGACGGACCCAGCGGUUGCCAGUUCGUUCGUGGAACUCUUCGUCGAGCGACUCAUUGACAAUUUCAGCCCGCAGCCCGCCUCUCUCUACGGCGGCACCAUUGCUCUGCGCGAGGCAUCCGGGAUGCGAGUUCUAUCGCCUAUGUUAUGUACCGCAUUCGAGGCUGCAUCCUUGACAUUUGCCGGUCGACGGGAACAGAUCCGCGAGGUGGAAGCCGUAGGACAUGCUCGCUACGUCCGGGUGCUCCGACAACUGCAGAACGCCCUAAACGAUCCCAAACAGAAUAAGUCGACAGAAGUGAUGGUUGUUGUGUUGUUGUUCACCAUCAUCGAGGCCUUCAAACAAAGCUCCAAACAGUCCUUGUUGAAGCAUCAACUCGGCGGACUGCAAUUGCUGCAAGCGCGGACGCCAUACCGCCAUCGUUACGGCAUCGAUCGGUCGCUGUACGUCGAUCUCCGCUUAUAUUGGGUUACUGCUGCGCUCACCCAACGCAAACCCACCUUCAUGGCGACUAAGGAGUGGCUCACCAUCCCCUGGCCAGGAGACGCUCCAUCCAAGGAUAUCCUCCACCGACUGUUGGACAUCGCGGUGGACAUCCCGGCUUACCUCGGGCAGAUCGACGACUUCGGCGCGGCCCUCCGGUCCGGCACCGCGUCCUCGACCGAGCUCGUCGCACAGCAGGCCGCCAUCUGGGACCGCGCGACAGAACUGCAGACACGGCUGAACCUGUGGAAGAGCAUGUUCGCCGACACGUACCCACCCGGCCAAGCAUGGGAGGAGCCCGCACCUGAUCCCGCGACCAAGCCCGAAACUGAAACCGAAACCACGCCCAGCUUCCCGAGAUUCAUGUGCCGCGACCCGGCGACAAUGGAGCUAGUGCCGGCCAAGCUACUCGUCUACCCGGACCUGCUGUCCGCAACCUGCAUGACCUACUACUGGGCGCUGCAUCUCAUCGUCUCGACGACGGACAGCGGGCUGGUGAGCGUGCUGGGGCUGCAGGAGCGGUACCAGUAUGCGUGCAACAUCUGCCGCAGCAUGAAGUACUACGUCGAGACUAUCCCGGGGUGCCUGGUGUCGCGGACGAUGUUUGUGCUGCGGACGGCGUUUGAUGCGUUUGCGGAUGGGAUGGUCGAGAAGGAGUUUGUCACGGAGGUGUUUCGGCAUAUCGCAGACAAGUUUAAUUUUGCGGUUUUUGCGAAUCAGUGUGCGUCGUCGUCGGUUAGGGGUUAG